CUUCAAAUUCCUCAACUAGUUAUGAAGUGAACCUCGUUGUUUCGCCGUGCACGUUUCUUUUAAAGUUUCUGAUAAAAUAAGCAUUUUCUUUUGAAUAAUCCCCAGUCUAAAAUUAAAAAUGACUGCUGAACUAGCAGAAUCACAAAUACAAAUUAAACUAGUGACAAAACAACAGAGUCAUGCAGUCCCGGAUGUUCCUCUAUCAGUCCCAACAAAUAUUGAUACAAAGAAUCUGAAUAAACUGGUCAAUGAGCUUUUAAAGGAAAAUGUAGCUGUAUUUCUUAAAGCAAUUGAGUUUGACUUUCUUGUACUUGGAGAAUUGCUGAGAGUACCACUCUUGGAACAUCUACAAGAAAAGAAUGCCAGCACAGAAGCCACCAUUGAAGUGGAGUAUGUGGAACGCACGCCGGCACCACAACCAGAAGAUGCUUUAUUGCAUGAUGACUGGGUAGCUGCAAUUGAAGUUGCAGACAAAUGGAUUUUAACUGGUUGCUAUGACAACACAGUAAACAUAUGGACAACAAAAGGCAAACACCAAGCAAUUGGCAACAAUCACUCGAAUUGCAUCCGAUCUGUGAGCUGGCUGCGCAAGGGUGACCCAAGCGGUGGUUUCGUCAGUUGCUCACACGAUCUCUCCGCGAUUCUCUGGCAUUGGGAGCCGGGCACGACAGAAGUCCACCCGAAAAUCAUCCUUAAAGGCCAUGAACGCGGUAUUGACACUGUAUCAGUGAGUCCAAACAGCGCCCGACUUGUCAGCGGCGGUUGGGAUACAAACUUAAAAAUAUGGAGCGCGUCGUUAGAGCAAGAAGACGACGAACCGCCAAACAAGAAAAGCAAAGGUCUCACCGUACGCACACCGGUGCAUACUUUAAAGGGACAUAAGGAGACUAUCUCCGGAUCCAAAUGGAUGGAUAAUAGUACAGUAGCAACCAGCAGUAUGGAUCACACUAUUAAAGUGUGGGACGUUGAGCUUUGCGGAAUCAAAACCGAAAUAGUUGGACAAAAAGCCUUCCUAAGUUUAUCAUGGUCACCAUUAACCAACACCAUACUAGCUUCGUCAGCAGAUAGACAUAUUCGAAUGUACGACCCAAGAUCCUCCGAAGGAUCUGUUUGUAAAACAACAUAUACAUCGCACACAUUGUGGGUUUCCGCCGUUUGCUGGUCUAAUUACGAUGAACAUUUGUUCAUGUCAGGCGGAUAUGAUCAAUGUGUCAAACUAUGGGACACUAGAUGUCCUAAAGCUCCACUUUACGACCUACAGGGACACCAGGGUAAAGUUCUGUGCGUUGACUGGACGAGCGAUAAAUAUCUGGUUUCGGGCGGGUCGGAUAAUAGCGUCAACAUAUUUAAAAAUACACACCAACAAACGCUGGUACGCUAAUUUAUGAUAAUACGAAAAACAAACCAAUCUAACUAGAGAAUUUCAAAUCAACAUUACAUUUUGUCCGGGUGUAUUGAAUCAGUUACGCCAAUUUGUGAAUGAUGAACCGCUGUAACAGAAUAAAACAUUGGAAAUUAUGUUGAAUUAAAAUUAUAGGUUAUAAA